GCCGUCCCUCCAGAGACGCGGGAACCGCUGGGUAGGGGUCGUCUCGCUGGCCUGCUGCGUCUUCGUGGUUGUCCGAGUUCUCCCGGCCUCCCGCUCUUCGAGAAGUCUUUCCCGCGACGGCGGGGCGAUGCCGGGAAACCGGCAGCCGAGGGUCCGCUCCGGGAACGAGCCUCGUCCCGCGCCCGCCAUGGAGCCCGCGGGUCGCGGGGCCUGGGCCCACAGCCGCGCCGCGCUCGGCCGCCUGGAGAAGCUGCUGCGCUGCUCGCGUUGCGCUAAUAUUCUGAGGGAUCCUGUGUGCUUAGGAGGAUGUGAACACAUCUUUUGUAGUGAUUGUGUAAGUGACUGCAUUGGAACCAGAUGUCCAGUGUGUCAUACCCCAGCCUGGAUACAAGAUGUGAAGAUAAAUAGACAACUGGACAGCAUGAUCCAACUUUGUAGUAAGCUUCGAAAUUUGCUACAUGACAGGAAACAUUCAGAUUUGAAAGAAGAUACAUCUAGGAAAAGUUUAUUUAAUGAUGCAGAAAAUAAGAAGAAUUCAAUAAAAAUGUGGUUUAGUCCUCGAAGUAAGAAGGUCCGAUAUGUUGUAAGUAAAAUUUCAGUGCAAACUCAGCCUCAAGUGAUGAAAGAUGUAAAUGCUCAGCAAGCCUCAAUGUAUGAAUUUGUUUCCGCAACUCCUCCUGUAGCUGUUUCUGAGAGGGCUAAAAAGACUUCUAAAAGAUCUGAGAAAGAACGAAAAAAGAAAACUGUAGCUGAAAUCAACCAAAAAUGGAAUUUAGAAGCAAUAAAAGAAGAUGGUGAACUUGACUCCAAAGAGGAGUUUAAGGAAAAGCUGGUGUCCUGUCGCCCACCCUCCGUUAUUGCUAGUCACCAUAGGGUAAAUGGUGAAAUAGACUUACUAGCAAGUGGCUCCGUGACAGAGUCUCAAUGUCUUGGAAAUUUAACCGAAGUCUCUUUACCAUUGGCUGAGCAAAUAGAGUCUCCAGACACUGAGAGUAGGAAUGAAGUAGGGACUCCUGAGGAGAAGGUCUGUGAAAAUUAUCUUACACCUAAGAAAUCUUUGCCAUUAGGUCAUAAUGGAAAACGUGGGUGUCGCAACAGACUUUCCAGUCCCGUUUCUAAGAGAUGUAGAAGCCACAUUCCGAGCACCAGUCGAGAUUUUGUUAAGCAAACUGUGCUCUUAGAAGACAAACCGUCAAGCAAACGUAAAGUUGGUGAUACACUGAGGAGGAAAAACAGAACUAUAUUAGAUGAAUCCAUCACUAGCCUUUCACCAGGUACCCCACCCUCUACAUUGAAUACUUCAAGUUACAGAAGAAUGAUGUCUAGUUCCUCAGCAAUGAAGCUGUUGCCCAGUAACCUCAUGGCUGCGAAGAGAAAUCAUAGAGGAGAGACUUUGCUGCAUAUUGCUUCUAUUAAGGGCGACAUACCUUCUGUUGAAUACCUUUUACAAAAUGGAAGUGACCCAAAUGUCAAAGACCAUGCUGGAUGGACACCAUUGCAUGAAGCCUGCAAUCAUGGGCACCUGAAGGUAGUGGAACUGUUGCUCCAGCAUAAAGCAUUAGUAAACUCCACCGGGUAUCAGAACGACUCACCGCUUCAUGAUGCGGCUAAGAAUGGGCAUGUGGAUAUAGUCAAACUGUUACUUUCCUAUGGAGCCUCCAGGAAUGCUGUUAACAUAUUUGGUCUUCGGCCUGUGGAUUAUACAGACAAUGAAAAUAUGAAGUCCCUAUUGCUGUUACCAGAGAAGAAUGAAUCAUCCCCAACAAGCCCUUGCUUGGUGAAGAACACUGGGCAGCGCAGAGAUCGACCUCUUGUGCUUAUAGGCAGUGGGCUUUCUUCAGAACAACAGAACAUGCUCAGUGAGCUUGCUGUAAUUCUUAAGGCUAAAAAGUGUGCUGAGUUUGACAGUACAGUAACUCAUGUUAUUGUUCCUGGUGAUGAAGUUCAAAGUACCCUGAAGUGUAUGCUUGGGAUUCUCAGUGGAUGCUGGAUCAUGAAAUUUGAAUGGGUGAAAGUAUGUCUAAAAAGAAAAGUAUGUGCACAGGAAGAAAAGUAUGAAAUUCCCGAAGGUCCGCAGAGAAGCAGGCUCAACAGAGAACAGCUGUUGCCAAGACUAUUUGAUGGAUGCUACUUCUAUUUUGGGGGAACCUUCAUACACCACCCAAAGGACAGUCUUAUUAAGCUUGUCACUGCAGCGGGGGGCCAGGUCCUCAGUAGAAAGCCCAAGCCAGACAGCGAUGUGACUCAGACCAUCAAUACAAUUGCGUACCAUGCCAGACCUGAUUCUGAUCAGUGCUUCUGCACACAGUAUAUCAUCUAUGAGGAUUUAUCUAAUUAUCACCCAGAGAGGGUUCGGCAGGGCAAAGUCUGGAUGGCUCCUUCAAGCUGGAUUAUAGACUGUGUGAUGUCCUUUGAAUUGCUCCCUCUUGACAGCAGAUGAAUAUUUCAAAUUGAACUUGCACAGUCUGUGAGAACCCAGCCAUUGUGCUGUUUUUGAUCAUUCACAUUUUUACAAAUAGGUAGAGUUAUUUAUAUUUUUUUUCUUUCAAU